AUGGAUGUUGCUUCUGAUGAAGAAAUAGAGCGUCUCUCAGUGGAUGUUAAUUUCGAUUCUUCGAGACUUCUGCCUUCAAACUUAAUUGACAUCAUUGUUGAUUUUAGUUUGUUUAAUUUCAUCAUUGCUUUGAACUGGAAUUUUGAAGAAUCUAAUAUUUGCUGCAUGGAUCUAUCUGAGAAUCUUUUACAAGGAGAAAUACCACAAAACUUGUACAACUUGUCAAACCUUGUAUAUCUUGACUUACAUCAUAACCAAUUGAAUGGAAGUAUUCCAUCGACCAUUGAAAAUUUUUCUAACUUGUAUUUUGGGGAUUUAUCGCAAAAUACAUUGUCUGGAUCAAUCCCUAUUGCCCUUGGGGAUUUGAAAAUUUUAACUUAUUUUAAUUUAUCUUACAACCUUCUAUCUGGUGUUAUUCCCUCAAUUGAGAGCAUCCAGAAGUUUGGAACCUCGGCGUUUUUUUAUAAUACUGAUCUGUGUGGUGAUCCUUUAGAAGUUUCAUGUUCUACCGAUGGCACUACUUUUGUAAAAAGGAAACCAAAAUUAAGUGCCUCGGCUAUUGUUGCUAUUGUUGUUGCUGCAGUAAUUCUUUCAGGCAUUUGUUUGAUAACCAUCAUCAAUAUAAAGGCUCGACGGAUAAGGAGGAGAGAAGAUGAAGCAUUCAUUGUAGAGAGCACGCCAUUGGCUUCAACAGAUUCAAAUGUCAUUAUAGAAAAGUUAGUUCUUUUCAGCAAAACUUUGCCUUCAAAAUAUGAGGACUAG